ACACCAGGGUCUCAGUAGGACUUUUCCACCCCGUUAACGUGUCUAACACAAGACUUUUUAAAGCUGAGGGUACUCAAGGUGUCCUCCAAACGAUGGCCAAAAUCGUGACACCCCUAAAGCUGUCAAUGCCAGAAACAUCAGCAGGGGCUUGAUCAAUGUAACACUCCAGUACAGUCUGUAACUCUGCCCCUGGGAGAGGGAUCCUUCCAGCUGGAAAACCAAGGGAUUUGGGCAGCAUGAACUCAUAAUUUGGUAAAUGCUCCUCAGAACGACACAGCUCAGUGCAGGGAAAGGUGUAUUUUUUUUUUUAAUAUCUUGCACUUCCCAGAAUUUUGGCCACUCCAUGUGUGCUCUGUGACUGAACUUUGUGUUGUCAAGAGUGCUGCUCUGUCAGCUUUGUGUGUCUCCAGCUGGAUUCCAAACCAGCUGUGAUUGCAAAGGUUUGGAUGCUUGGCUGUGACAGAGGCUGAUGAGCUUUGAGCUACAGCGAGGUGGUACUUCCUAAAGGGAAGCAGCCUAAUGAAAUAAUAGCAGUUAAAUUCUGGGAUGCAACCUGCAUGGAUUUUUUUAGGAGGAGGGGUAAAAAAAAAAAGCCUUUGCCACUCUGAAAUUGCGUUGCUAAUCUGAUUUCCACGUGGCUGCCUCCCCUUGCAUCAGUUUGGUGCAGUGCUGAUCCGGGUUCCCAAAGUGCUGGAGAUAAAUGCAGCGUGGGAAUAAUCACUCAACUUCAUCUUCCUGCUCUCUCUUAGCACGUAUCCCUGGCAUUGACAGCUCUGCAGAUCCUCCUGUCUGCACGACACAUGCGUGUGCAUCAUCCCCGGGGAUGAGGAGCCGUAGCCUCAGCCUUGGAGACACGGAAUGUUGCUGGCAAACGUGGAUUCCAGGCGGUUCUGAGGCAGAGCUGAUCCCCUAUGGAUCAGCUGGCACGCCAUGGGAAGAGUCUGGAAGCACAGCCUUGAGUUUCUUCGAGUGCCGAGCAAUUAAUUUGGGCAAGCAGGGAGUUGUACGUGCGCGCUCACUGCUAUGGACAGUGCUAUCACCCUGUGGCAGUUCCUCCUCCAGCUCCUCCAGGAGCCUCAGAACAAGAACAUCAUCUGUUGGACCUCCAACGACGGGGAGUUCAAGCUGCUGCAGGCAGAGGAGGUGGCCAGGCUGUGGGGGAUCCGCAAGAACAAGCCCAGCAUGAACUAUGAUAAACUCAGCCGAGCGCUCAGAUACUACUACGUGAAGAAUAUCAUUAAGAAAGUGAACGGUAAGAAGUUUGUGUACAAGUUUGUCUCGUAUCCGGAGAUUUUAAAUAUGGACCCGCUUGUCGUGGGCCGGAUAGAAGGAGACCCUGAACUGACUGGCUUUGGAGAGGUCAACAGCGCUCCAAAGGACGUGGAAAACUGUGGGAAGGAGAAGUCCCAGUCGUGUGCGAAGUCCUCGAGCCGCAACGACUACAUCCACUCAGGCCUGUACUCCUCCUUCACCCUCAACUCCCUCAACAGCUCCAGCGUCAAACUCUUCAGGUCCAUCAAGAUCGAGAACCCGGCGGAGAAGCUGACGGAGAAGAAGCCUCAGGAGCCGACCCCCUCCGUCAUCAAGUUUGUCACCAUGCCCUCCAAGAAGCCGCCCUCGGCCCCCCUGGUCUCCACCACCUCCGCGGUCUCCGCGGCUUCCGCCGCUCCCGCCGCGUCCUCCUCCCUUCCCAUGGGAUCCGAGGAGACCCUCCAGACCUUGGAGACGCUCGUCCUGCCCAAGUUAACUGUCCCCGAAGCUCCAGCACCUUUGCCAAACUUAACCAGCAGCUUCACCCCGACGCCCCCCAUCUCCUCGGUGUCUCCCACUCUCCAGGUCCCUUCCACGCCCCCGUCGCCGCCCCUGAGCUCCAACCCCGACCUGGACAUUGACACGGAUAUCGAGUCCGUGGCCUCCCAGCAGCUGGAGCAGGCCCAGAGCCUUCAGCACCAAUCCCCAGAGCCCAAAGAGCAGGAUUCAUCCGUGCUGGAGAAGGAAUUUGCCAAUCACCUCUCCAGAUCUAAGAAACCCAAAGGGCUGGAGUUGGCUCCUACUCUCGUCAUUACGGGCAGCGAUCCAAGUCCUCUGGGCAUUCUGAGUCCUUCUCUCCCGACUGCUUCUCUUACUCCAGCACUUUUCUCUCAGACUCCCAUCCUGCUGACUCCCAGCCCUUUGCUCUCCAGCAUCCACUUCUGGAGUACCCUGAGCCCGGUGGCUCCUCUCAGUCCUGCCAGGUUGCAAGGUGCUAACACCCUCUUUCAGUUUCCAUCAGUGCUGAACAGUCAUGGCCCAUUUACUCUGUCUGGACUGGAUGGACCCUCUACCCCUGGCCCGUUUUCCCCUGAUCUCCAGAAGACAUAGCACAUGGAACUCAUGGAAAGGACACGUUGGCAAGCAAGGGAAAGAUGGGACACUUCUAUUUAACCACGUUUUUUUAAAAAUGAGCAAUUUGUAAUUCCACACAGAGAUUCUCAACGAUCGUAGUUUUCGCCAUUCCCAAGUAAAAAUGCCUUUUUUUUUUUGCAAAAUUCCCCUUUUUUCUGAAGAACCCAGGUUGGGAAUGUAUAUGCAAAGGCCUUAAUAGGAGCUGCAGCUCCAGUUUUCUUCUCUUCCCUCCUUGGUUUGGAAGAUUUCACGUGGUCAAAAAGGGACUUUUGGUCGGUGUUGCAGCAACUGAGUCUGCACUGAUGGCAGUGAACAGUGUCAGGGAAGUCUUUUCUCUGUGACUUUUGGGGAAAAAACAAACAAAACCCUCUGUUCUUCUGCUUCCUGUGCUUGGCAAGAAGAUAUCUGAUCAGGAUGGAAGCUGGCAUUCCAGGAAAUGCUUGGGAAAGGGGUGUGUGCACUCCAGCUUUGCCUGGGGGGGCCACGGUGACUUCUGCAGCAACCAAAACAGCCUGGUCUGUUCUGCUGUAAAAACAUCUUGUCUUUUUUGCAGGGAGAAAUUUUCAAGGACUAUUAUUCAGUGCUUCAUAUCCUGAGAUAUUGGACAGUUUGGGAAUUGUGGUGGUGUUGUGUCCCACCAGCCCAACCCCUCGGAGAAGUGGUCUGGCUGGAUCCUGGAUGCUUCCCCUGCCCUCCCUUCCGUGGGGAGGUGAGGUCUGGAGAGAGAGAGAGAGAGAAAUCAGUGGUGGGAUGAGUUCCUUUCAGCCCUCAGAGAGCUUGAAUGCUGAAGUCCAAACAUUUCUUGUGCCAGAGACCUGUUCCAGAGCUUGUGAUCUCACUGCUGGAUGAGCAGGAUGGUGGAUUUUCCUUGGAAGUUUUGGGGGGGUGGGUGCCUGUGCUGAGGUUGCUGCCUGGUGCUGGAGUUCCACACCCAAACAGUGGUGAGAGCACAGAUGUCCCAGCAUUAACAUUACUGCUCUUUCCCACAGGUUUGGAAAAGUUUCCUGCUUUUCCACAAGUGGAGGAGCUCCUCUUCUACCAGCUCUUAGCUCAAGUUUUGCAUUAGAGCUGUUGGUUUUUUUUUUUUUGAGGAAGCACUGACCCAAACUCAGGCUCAGUGUGUCCACCUGGCUGUAAAUCUGCUCUUGCAUUGCUUUUCUUGGUGGUGUGGAUGGAGCAAGAAUGAGAGAUUUAAUUUCCAGAGCCAUUUGAGACGAAAUGAAAUUUGUACUUAGAUUAUUUUUUUUUUUUUUUACACCUCAGGAGGCCUUUUGAGAGAACUGAGGAGUGAAAGGAAGGGAGAUUUGUCCUCUCUCAGCCCCUCAGAGUCUGGAUGUCUUGGUCUGUGGGUGCUGGGCCCUGUGUCCUCCUUCCACUUGGGGCAUCUGAUGUCAGGCAGCAACUUCUGUUUUGCUACUGAGCGCGUUGAGAUGGGGAUGGAAGGGAAUCUUUUUCCAUAAAACACCCAGUAGAAAACAGGUGGGAACAUCUCUCUCCUUCAGCAUCCUCACUUGGCUGCCUGCAGAGUUUUCAGGAGCAGAAGAUUUCGCAGCAGGAGGAGCUGACAGUGUUUGCUGUACAUAUUGCACCCCUUUCAUGGAGAAGUUUGGUGAACUCAAAGCUUUCCAGAAGUUUUUUUUUUUCCCUUUUGCCACUUUUGCAGGCUUGGAAUUCACUUUCCAAGGGUGUGACAGCACCCGAGACUUCUCUUCCUUGGUGGUGUUACCUUCCUGUAUUCUGACAUUGAAACGUGUACAACCACUUUGUGUGUUCCUGGCGUGACACCUGGGACAGGUGGGUGGAACAGCUGAUUUUUUUGGGGGGGGGAAUGGGGGGCAUUGUUCAUCCAGAACACCUGCCCAGUGGGAAUGGGAGAAAAGAGUAUUCCUUCUUCAGGUGGAGAAGCUCAUGGAGUGACCUGUCUUCCUGUUGGGUUCUGUCAGAGGCAUAAAUGCUUCACAUUUUAGACAUCAGCAGAUGCAGGAUGAAGUUCCUGUGCCAGCAGCUCUUAAAAUGUGCAAUAUUGACCUUUUUUUUUUUUUUUUUAAUUAUUAUUAUUUUUUUAAUGCAGAAGCAAAGCUGCAGAUGAUAAUUGAGAGCAGGCAUCUGGAAUUUUCUGGUUUGCAUGGUGGCUUUUGAGUCUGCUCUAGAAAAAUAUAUAUAGCUAUGUAUAAAUAGCAGCACUUUUUUAUAAUGGUUGUUUUAGGUUGGCCAAUUUGACGCCCACCAAGUGUGUGGACUUUGAGAGCAACAUUGCAGACUAGGAUUAGAAUUUUAAAAGUACUUAAUGAGCACUAAAAAACCCUUGCAAUUUAAUUGCUUCCCUUUCCUUGUCCCCUAUGGAGAAAAGCCAAGUUUAUUUGUUUAAAAAGUUGUGUGUGUGCACACGUGCACUUAAUUCUCUGUGAACUUUUAUCACUUUGAGUGUGGGGUAUGCAAGAGAACCCAGCCUGGGUUCCUGCUCUUCUGCAAGAGAACCCAGCCUGGGUUCCUGCUCUUCUCCAAGAGAACCCAGCCUGGGUUCCUGCUCUUCUCCAAGAGAACCCAGCCUGGGUUCCUGCUCUUCUCCAGGAAGCUUCCUAAGAUUGCACUGCCAUAGCUGGGGGAGAGCCACGUUUCCCUUUGGGAAUCCCUUGUGCAGAGGAAGCUCAUGUGGAAAUGCAGCCUGGAUGGGAUGGUUUUUAUCUGGGAAUAUCCACUGAGGUGGUGGUUGCUUUUCCUUUCCAAGGGAAAUCAAAAUCCACGGAAGGGUUACAAUCUUAGGAGGCAGUUGGGAAAGCACAUGGGAAGGGCAGGGAAGGGGAGGGGAGAGGAGCAGCUUGCUGCCUUUUCUCCAUUCCAGCUUUCAGGUCACUUAAAGGGAAUAUUAUCUUGUAUAUAUGCUGCCUGAUUAAACACACAUUUACUGACAGGUAUGGAACUGCCAGCUUUUUUUUUUUGGAUCACAUUCCUGACGGAGCACAGCGUCCUGUGACUCCUUGGGGCUCAGUGAUGUGAUUGCUGGUUCUCUGCUAGGUCACUUCAGGAGCACUUUGCAGCUCCUUGCAACUUGUUUUUUAAUUCAGUGUAGGGCAGGUGGGGGUUGAUAGAGGUUCUCUUUUCCUGGCCACGGUGGCAGUUUGCACUGUGGUGGCUUAAAAAAGUGAUAAUGCAGCAUUACAGCAACCUUUCCUUAGCUGACAGUUGAUGCUGCUGGAGCAGCCACGGGAUUGUGGGAUGCUUGGGAAUAUUUGCAUCGGUUAAUUGGUAGCUGGUGGUAGAAUUGGACUGGACGAGCAUCUUGUCUUGCUUCUGGAAAUCUCUUUUCCGUGUCACUGCAGAGUUGGGGUUUUUUUUUAAAACAGCAGCUCAAGUCCAGAGCCUUGUUUCAGGACCUGAGCUGUUCAGCAGUGGUGGCUGAAUGCAAUUCCUAUGCACUGCCUCUGGCACAUUGGAGCUGUGUUUUGCAAUAGGUCAGCAGGUGAUACAAUUCCUCGAGUUGGAGAAUUCAGUGUUUUGACUUGGAGCAUCCUCAGACUUCAGCAUCCACGCAGUCUUUGGGGGGUGUUAGAACAGAGAGGCUUUGCCUGUUCAGUGGUUCAUUUGGGAUAAUUCCUCCCUCUGAUGCGUUUUCAGACCUCAGAUUUCUCACCAAUAGAUUCUUCUUGUGUUUAUAGUGUUCCUCCUAAGGACAGUGAAGGCUGCUUAGGUGCAAACCUCCCUUUUCCCAGCUUCCCACAACGCUGAGCUGCAGCAAGGUCAGGUUCCCUCGGGACUUCAGAGCUCUGCAGGCUGAGGUGGGGGGACAGAGCUGUCCUAGAGCAGUGAUGGCUUUCUCAGGUGAGAGUUUUGAUCCACUUCUGUAGCGUUUUUCCCAGUGCUGAGCUCAGAACCUGCAGUUCUGACACACUCUUGUCUCCCACGAUUUAUUCAUUUAGCUUUCAGUUACCUUCUGCUCCUGUUUUAUAGCAGUUUUGUAUGUACUCCUGUUUUAUGAUUUAACCUCUUCCAUUUUUAAGGCAUAUUUGUUUACAGUACAUCUCAGUGUUGUAUCAAGAGGCUCUCUUGGUAUUGUCAGCUCUGAAAAUCAACUACAACAGUAGUUACAGAACGUUGUCAAAGGGUGUGUUUUAAAACUCGAUGUUUUGAGUUUUUGGGUGUCCACAACAGUUUUGUUUCAUUUCUUCUUAAGUUUCUUAAGAAAUAGAAUGUGUAUCUGUAAGAGUAGAAAUAGGGGGAAAAAAAAAUAGACCUUCUGGCCUCUGAGGUCUUGGGGAUGGAUGGUUUAUUUUGUCUUAAAAAAAUCACAGAGCGCGGGGUUGCAAAGAGCCCCCCUAGGAUGUCACACUGGGCAGAUCAGUCCAAAAUCUGUGAGGAUUGCAGUCAUGGUGCUUAAAAGCUGUUCAGGAUGUUUGGUGAGGUGUAGGAUGUCUUGCCUAAACAGGGGGUUUUGUGGUUUGAUUGGAAUUUAGUGAAGCUGGUGGGCCUGGACAGCAGGUCUGCUCCGUGGGGAAGCCUUUGGCCGUCCAUGGAUGGUGGGAUGUGGGACAUGCUGGAGCUGCUCUGCUGGGAUCAGGGGCUGUCAGGUGAAGGUUGAAGGAUAAAAUGCAGUGACAAGUUCUGUGCAGGUCUCCAGGGGGUUCCUGCAGGAGGCUCUGUCUUGGAUCAGCCCCUGGGCACACGGAAUUCCACCUGGAGCGAGUAGCACCGACUGUGGAGGUAAGAACUGGUCCUGGCCAGGGAAGAACUCUUGGAAAUGGAACCAGAUCUUUCUCCACAGCCUAAUUUUAGUCAUAAGGGUACAACAGAGGAGCUGCAAAGCCACAGGGGUGGUACAUCCCUGCAAAUCUGUUCAGCAGCAGCAGCUCCUUUGGAAGUUCCCUGAUGGACCUGGUGCCAUCUGGAGCAGAAAAGUGAAGCUUUGGGUUUAGUGUCUCCUGGAUCUUGGUCUGAGGUGUGUUAUUCCUGCCUUUUUACCAAGAACAAACAGAAAGAAGGAGGAUCUGUUCACUGCAGAAGGGGGAUUGGUUUUGGGCUGAGCCAGAACCAGGCUCUGCCAGGUAAGAAAGCUGGGCAGGGCCCGUGUUCCUUCUUGGAUGUGUGUGUUAAAGGAUUUCCCUUUUGGAAUAGCGAGAUACCUGCUUCAUAAACAUUAUUUUUGGGGGAAAAAAACCCACCCUAAAACUGACUAGAAUUGCUUUUUUGUUUACCCCUCCCAAAAAACGUAGCAGAAGGUUUUGCCUGUGGAGCUGUUCCAGCUGCCUGACGAGAAGCACACCCUGAGAGCUGAAAACUUGGAGGUUUUUUUAGAUUCCUUGUGCCUGGAAUAGCCCUGCAUGGAGCACACGUGUGUCAUGCCUGACAGGAUGUGUCCAGGAUGGAGUCCUGGCUUCCAAAUUUGUAUAAAUACCCCUCAAAGCAGCCACUGCACUGCGCAGUCGCCACUUUUAAAUGUGUUUUGCACACCCUGGUGAGGUUUUUUGGGGGCUUUUCCUUUUCUUUUAGGACUCAAGUCAGUCAUGCCACAGCGUGGACUCGUUGAGUUGCCAAAGGGUAUUUUUAAAAGCAGCUUUGACAUUGUUGGAUGCCACAUCUCCUAAAAAAAAAAAAGGAAAAAAAAAAAGUCUUAAAUGUGUCUUUGAAUAGUUUUGUGUUCACGGAACAAAAGUUUGGACUCCUUUACUCGAAACACUUCUCUCCUGAGACCAGGCAUUGGCAGAAGGUUUUCAUCUCAAAUUGGUUGUGGCAGGGGGUGGAACAGGGUAAUGCUGAACCUUUUGGAGAACAGGGACCUUCAUGGAGACACUGAGAGACUCAGGAGGGGAGGCUGGAGGUGAUUUUGGAGCCCAUUUCAGCCCUUGAGCAGUACAUGCAGCAGUGCUGUACCAAUAACUGGAAGCUGUUGGUUUUUCUGUUUUUUUUUUUUUUAUUUUAACUUUUUAAUUUUUUGUUUUUCAGUUGGGGGUUAUUUUUUCAUGGGUUUUUGUUUUUAUUUUUUGAACACAGGAAGGCUUUGAGGGUGGCCUCUGCAUGGUUCCUAAGUGUGUGCUGUGUGCUGGGGUGGGGUGGGGUUACAAUACCUGGGUUUGCUCGAAGCUCCUUGAGAUGUGUUGUGGUUUGUUCUUUUCUUUUCUUUCUUUUUUUUUGGUUGUUGUUUUCUUUUUUUAUUUUUUUUUUUUUUUGGCUGGCAUGUCUUAAAUCUUCAGGCUUUGAAACUGCUUUCUAGAGUUGUGUUGACUUUUUGUUCUGCUGUUGUUCAGUUGCACAGAGUUCUCUAUAUAUGACGUGCUAGUUUUGACGUGGAUUCUCUGUGAGCAGGGUUGAGAUUAUUCCUUGUAGUUUAAAAAGAAACCAAGUUGUAUCCUAAAAAAAACUCCCCUUUUCAGAUCUUGUUUGUAUCCUGUUGCAGUGUUACCAGAUGGCCUUAUGUACGUCACAGUGUUUUGUGAUAAGUACAGUAGCACAUUUAAUGCUUAUUUCCCCUCUGUUUUUAUAGCUGAGAAGUGUAUUUGUAAUAACAGAGCCAAAUCAAUGGGAAAAUUCUAGGUAAGGGUGGUGGUUGUCUCCCCUAAUGGGUGUUGGGGCAGCUGGAAUUAAUCUGGGACUAAACCCUUAGACUGCCUUGGGAAUUCUGAGGCUCUUGGCAGAUGUGGAUCGUGUGCCAGGGGCUUGGAAAUCACAGCAGCUCCGUUGGCUCCACCACAACUGCUCCGACUUCCACGGGCUGGGAACCUGCUCUGGGGGCAGCUUUUGGGCUGGGAGAGUCAGGGGAGAGGGAAGUUGGAGUUAAUUUUUAGCAACUUAAGCACCCAAAGCUGCUGGGCGGUGGGAAGGUGGGCCAGUUUUGUCCUGUUUGAUUUCUGCAGCGCGGUUCUGUUCUGGGAAGUGACUUCCUGAUGCCUCCAGUGGUUUCUGUUCCGUGGUUGAAUUUUUCUUUUAGGCUGACCUGGGUUUUCUUUGCUGCCGAGUUUUGGGCUCCAGCAGCUCUGACAGCUCUGCUGGGAGCAGCCUCUGAGCAGGUUUCCCUGUCAGGUGACUCCCAACUCUGCCAUGGAUCCAGUUUUACCUUCCUGUGAUUUUAACGGGGGUAAAAAUGACGCUGGAAGCAGCAGAGAGAACAUUUUUCAGUGGCUCUUUUCCCUGAACAGAAUUGCAUUUAUUUUUUUUUUCCUAUAAAUAUAUAUAUAGUACCAAGUCUGGAGACAAAGCAAGUUAUGUUGUAGUGAGUGUCUCAACUUCCUACACUGGAGACUUUUCUAGACAUGAUCUUUUAGAGACAACUGUAACCUCACCCCUCUGUGGUCCUUGUUACAGUUGGGUGAACCUGCCUGGGACAGAAAAGCUUCUCAGUCUAACUUUCUUUUUUAAAUAAUACCUUAUAAUAAGAGUAUCUUAAUGCCAUUGUGUUAAAAAAAAAAAAUGCUGGUAUGUAAUGCAAGUACAUAAAUAGCCAAAGUUUUCAGUAAUUGUUCAGUGUUAACUAAAUUUUGCUUUUAUUUAACCUUCCAAGAUAACAUUUAGGAAGACCUUCAGCAUGUUGAUGUCACAAAAGUCUGAUCAGCUUGAUUAGAGCAGAACGUGGAGUUAUUGGAACACAUUUCAGGUUUGAGUACAAUUUGGAGGCAAAGUUUUUUAAGAUGCAAAACUUCCUUUGCACUGUAAUGACACUUCAAAUGCUGCUUUUACAGUGGCUCAUUGGUAAUUGUUAUUCAAACAUCGUGAAGGUCUUUCCUGAGAAAUCAGGUGACUUUUCUAUUGCUUCGAUUUUUGUGCAAAAAAAAGUUAAAAAUAAAAAAAAUCAAUGUAUUGCAAUCUUUUUUAAAAACGGGGUGGGAAUAGUUAAAGAAAACUAUUUUAUGUAAGAACUGACAGAGGGAUUUGCUUUGUAUAAUGCAAGCUGGCUUUAAAAAAAGCAUUGUAGCAAAAUUAUUCAAGUCAAUCAUAUGUUAAUAGUUAUGUGCAACCAGA